UUCAAAGCACCAAGAACCGAGUUUACAAUGUUUUCCAAGUGCUUUCAUCUGCUUUUGGCAGUACAUUUGCUAAUUUCUCCCGUGGUACCUCACCUUUUGGAGCCAUCUGAACGCAUCAUCGGCGGAAGCAGCAUAGACAUCACUAAUGUUCCGUGGCAGGUGUCCAUACUUUACUACGGCAAACAGUUUUGCGGCGGAUCUAUCUACAGUCAAACCAUAAUUAUAACAGCUGCCCACUGUGUUGAAGAAAGAGGUUUCUCAAUCCGAGCAGGAUCCUCGCUCCAUGAUAGCGGAGGAGUAGUGGUGGCAGUGGAAUCCUUUAUUAUUCACCCAGAAUAUGAUAGAAGUAAUUUUGAGAACGACGUAGCUAUCCUCAAGCUGAGCAGUCCUUUAACUUUUUCCGAUUCCAUCCAAACAAUUCCCCUGGCCGAGACGGAUCCUCCCACAUCGUCUUCGGCGCUAGCCACUGGCUGGGGAUUUGGUUAUUUUUAUACUAAGCCACAACAUCUUCAGGGAGUUGAAAUCCUUAUUCGGCCGCGGGUCGUGUGUAAAUUGAAAUAUGGAAGCAGUAUGUUCGAUGGGGACAUCUGCGCGGGAAGAAUUGGAAAAGGCGGCUGUGAUGGAGAUUCCGGUGGACCCUUGGUCUUCAACGACCAGCUGGUGGGGAUCACAUCGAGAAAAGGAAACUUACUUUGCUUGUCAUCUACUCUGUACGCUAGUGUGGCGUAUUACCGUACCUGGAUCCUUAGUGCCAUAGAUGAAUUGAAUUUCCAAGGAGCCGCUAAAUAUGUGUAAUUUACGCCUUCCAACUUAACGUUCGCAGCAACAACUACUGUUGUUCAUAAAUCCAGUUUUGUAAAAUAAAUACUUUAAAUAAUUUUACGAAACUAGA